AUGUAGGAAGUGCCCUUUUAUGGAAUGUGAAGCGUUUCGUUUCUCGUGUUAACUUCCGGUUGGGUGGGAAGCAGCUGCUGGAAACAGUGAAUAACUGUGCCUGGGGAUAUAUUUAAACAUAUACUAUUUCUUUUUGUCCUUUCACUUUUAUCAGCAAGAAAAUGUCGAAGUCUUUGAAGAAAAUUGUGGAGGAGACUAGAGAUAAGAGCCUUGCCGAGGUGGACAUGUGUGACAGGGGGGUCGCCAACAUGCUGGACAUCCCUGGCCUGUUCACGUUGUCCAACAUAACUCAACUGGUCCUGAGCCACAACAAGCUGUCCACCGUACCUCCAAACAUUGCCGAGCUUAAGAAUUUAGAGGUGCUGAACAUGUUUAACAAUCAGAUAGAAGAGCUUCCCACUCAAAUCAGCAGCCUUCAGAAACUUAAACACCUGAACCUGGGGAUGAACAGACUGAGUACACUACCCAGAGGCUUUGGUUCUCUCCCAGCUCUCGAGGUCCUGGAUUUGACUUACAACAACCUGAAUGAGUCCUCCCUGCCUGGAAAUUUCUUCUAUCUCACCACCCUGCGCGCACUCUAUCUCAGUGACAACGACUUUGAAAUCCUGCCCCCAGACAUCGGCAAGCUGACCAAGCUACAGAUACUGAGUCUGAGGGAUAAUGACUUGAUCUCUCUGCCUAAAGAAAUAGGAGAUCUGUCCCAACUGAAGGAGCUGCAUAUCCAGGGCAACAGGCUGACUGUGCUGCCUCCUGAACUUGGGAAUCUGGACCUGACUGGCCCAAAACAGGUGUUUAAGGCUGAGAGUAACCCAUGGGUAACUCCUAUAGCAGAUCAGUUCCUGUUGGGCAUCUCUCAUGUCUUUGAAUACGUCCGCUCCGAGACCUACAAAUAUCUUUAUGGGCGACACAUGCAGGCUAAUCCCGAGCCACCGAAAAAGAACAACGACAAAUCCAAGAAGAUCAGUCGCAAGCCCCUGGCUGCCAGGAACAAGUGAAGAUGAGAAGUGUGGAUAAAGAGGCCGUUGUCUGCCUGUCCGAGCUGGACCUCACUGCAUGUGCCUUCUUCCACUUUUCUAUUUAUUUACUGCAAGAACACACUUUUUUAUGGUUACUGUAUUGUGUUGUGGUAUACAUGUGUGGGCUCACAAGUUGCCCUCGCCAUGUCCCAAGCAGCCAUUAGAAAAUUCUCUAUUUGCUUUUUGUUCCUUUUGUGUAUUUUCUACAUUAUCUCUGACUUUAUUCAUUUGCUAUAAUAUAGUCAUUGCCUUAUUCUCCUAAUGCUGCAUACUCAAGUAUUACUUUUUUUAAAAGCUUAUUUCUUGCAUGAUGUUUUUUAAAUAUUAUUGCAAUACUGUAAAAUCAGACAAGUCUUUAAAAUGAUGAUUGGAUAGUUUGUCAGAUAUUAGAUAUUGUCGAAAAGAAAAAGCCUAUAAAAAAUGGAACAUAUCAUAGGAAGCACUGCAGUGUCAUCUAGACUUUUGUCCUCUUUCAAAAAUGUUUUAGUAGAAUAUUAUAUGCUUGUGAUCCUCUACGCAUUGUAAUGUGCAUAUUUUUAAAAUCUUCACACAUUAUACGGACAACUGUUCAAAUACAGUGAAGGAAAAAAAAACAAUAUCAUACUCCACUGUUUGAUUUAAGCCAUCUAAACAAGGCACACAGCUUUCCACAACAGCAAUUUGUACCCUCCAGUGCCGGGCUUGGCAGCGGGGCUGUUGCGUAACCGGUGGGGGAUUUUUGGAGGGGUUUAGCAGACUGAACUAAGUCUGUGCAGGAUUGUGUCUUGCCUCAGAGGACGUGUAUCUGUCUGCUCCCUCUGCCACACCUCUUGCUCUUAUGACUCCUAUGAAUGGCUGUAAAUCAGAGUAUUGAAUAGUUAACAAAUAAGGCCAGUUAAAAAACGGCUCCAAACAAUGGACGGCUUAUAUAAUACACAGUAUCGGUUUCCUUUACAGCAUUGUCUGGAUGUGCAUUUAAAACGAGCUUGUAUUGAAUCAGGUCAUUUUGACUCCUACUGUAACGCUAAGUUAGUCUUCACCAUGAGCUUUGUUAUUGAUCUAUGCAAUUAUCAGAAGUCACACCAAAUUUUUAUUAUUUUUGUCAUUUGACAGAAAUGUUGUCACCAUAUGCCAUGCAUUACUUCUUUUUAUUUUAACUGGUUUGAAUAAAAUGCUCCAUUAGA